AAAAAAAAAAAGGGUUGAAGUUAAGUCAAUGCUGGACUUCUGGACUUGGGUGUGUCCUGUGGUGUACCCGCUUGGAAGCCAGACUUUCCUCUUUUCGGAUGAGAGAAAGCGUCGAGGAAACUUCCUAGUGUGGAGCGGUUGAAUGGAGGGUCUGGAAAGGACUUAGGUAAGAACUACCUUAGGUGAAGGUUUGGGGUGUCUGUGAACGGUGUAAACGUUACUAGCAGCCCCAAGCAACUGCCUUGGAUGCCUAUCGUGGGAUUACUUGUGAGAGAGCUCGCUGGCUUUCGUAACCAAUUUCGGCCAUGGAGAACCGGCCAUGGCGGUGACCGAGUUUCUUCCAUUUGCUGUCUGCAAACCCACUUCAUCGGCCGCAGGGACAUCGACGGUAACAGCUACUCCAAUCCAGGCAACCCACCUCCCAGUCCAAACAAUCAGACGUCGCCAACAAUGUUCAUCUACAGCCCUCUGAGCCGCGAAAAGCGCGAAACUCGUGUCUUCCGAUUCACGCCUCCCCGCCAGUCAGGCUCUGACCGCAUUAGUCUUGAACUUCGCCAUGCCUCUCUCGACGAUGACUCCCUCCAAUAUCGGGCGCUGCCAUACGUCUGGGGAGAUACCAAGGACAAAGAGGAUAUCAACAUCAACGGCGAACGGUUUUCUGUCGGCGCCAAUCUACAUGCUCUGCUGCAAAUGCUUCAGCACCACGACGUGGCAUCCUGGCUCUGGGCCGACGCCAUAUCCAUUCACCAAUCCGACGAUGAUGAGAAGAGUUGGCAUGUUCAGAGCAUGUGUGACAUGUUCAAGAAUGCCGAGUUUGUCUAUUCUUGGCUGGGCCUUGGCUCGGAGGCAACCGAUGUUGCUAUGGAAUUCUUUUCGGACUGGGGCCCUCGUGCACUAAAGGUUGGUGUGAUGGAGAAGCUGUGGCCUACGAAUAUGCCCAUGGAUUGGUCAUUCAUGCCGCGCUACGAAGUAUCCCGGUUUUGGUACUCCCUUGAACGGUACUUUCUCCCGGAACCGGUAUUCGAAAAGGGAGGUACGGUAGACAAUGCUUUGAGCAUGGAUUGUGAGAGGUAUGAGAUGGCAAGGUUCUUCUACGACUUACUCCAUCUCAAAGGGCUACGCGGGACCCGUGAGAAAUCCAAGGUGGCCCUGGCCCGGGAAGUGCUUCUUUUGUGCGGCGAAAAGCUUCUACGGAUCACAUACUUUGAAGCGGUGCUAGAAGCCCCCUGGAAAUUUGGUGAGGAACGUGCCACGUUCUUGAACAAUUGUCCACUACGGUGCGGCUUCUGUGAGCGGUUCCCUUCCCAUCUUUAUCCAAACAAGGCUACACUCAUUCGUCAAUUGCUCUGCCGCAGAAUGGAAGUGAGCUUGGGCACCAUUCUUGUGGCUUUCUCCAACCAAAGCGAGCGUAUAUGGUAUCGCGCGACUGACUCACGUGAUAUCGUAUACGGUAUACUCGGCCUCCUUUCCCACGAUGACCGUCGUCCGUUUGGCCAUGUCGACUAUACCAACACCACAUGGGUUGAUCUAUUAACUCACGCCACGCGAUCUUUGAUUGAGGCCUCUUUCACAUCGGGAUUCCUUACUAACGAACGAAUGUACACUAUCGGACACUGUCUGCCCCGUCCAAGAGACCAACCAAGCGAGUUACCAAGCUGGGUCCCCGACUGGCGGGAUGUAGAUGUUAUGGAAUAUGACUACCAGGCUGGAAAUAUUCGUGAAAGUGAUCGACCAAGCGACUGGCUCACAUGCAUUCGUGAAUUUGCGGAGUUGCCAGAGAGCUCGGAUAUUUGGAGCUUGGAGGGAGAAGACUACGUCUGGCGCCUCGUCAUGAAUUGCCACGACACAAAUUUUCUUUGGCUACGGUUGAAGGAACACAAGUACAAGACAGAGGCUGCUUGCUUUAUACGUAGGCUCAUACGCCUGGACUAUCCGAAUCCCAAGUCACUCCCAGACUUCGUGGUCAAGUACACACAAGGAUUCAAGGAGUUGAAGGCAUUAUCUAAUAUCAGGAGCUCGAAACACAUCAAAGAUGCCCGGAUAACAAAGUUUUCCAACCUGACUGAUGACACCUCCCGUGAUGCGACGGUAAUUGACGACGGGAAGGCGCAGACAAAAAGCAAGUCAGUUGAUCCGAAGUAUGCACCUAUUAGCAUCAGUGAAAGCGACCUAAAAUCUUUCAUGGACGCGGAAAUAAGAAAGUUAUUUCGCCAAGCCAGAUCAAGAAAUUCCACGUUAUUCAAGACGGCUAAAGGAAUGCUGGGCAUCGGGAUUGGGGAUGUCAGGCCUGGAGACAUUGUGGUAAUUUUGCAGAACGCACACACCCCCUUCAUCCUGCGCCCACACCUGCAAGACAAUGAUGAGAUUACGACUAACAGCGAAGGCAGUGGAAGUACCUUCACCUUUGGGGGGGAGGCAUGGGUGGACGGUAUCAUGCAUGGGGACACUAUCAGAUACGAGCUUCACACUUUCGCUUUACGGUCCCAAAAUGCCGAACAACAGAAUUGGGAGUAA